ACGUAACGCAACGCAUAGAUGCUUUCAGAAUUGUGGUCACACCUUUUUAGCUCCCUGAACCAUCCUCUAGCUACGUAAGUAGUUGCAAACAGUUUCUGUGACUCACAGGAGAAGAAAGAAUGUCAGGCCCUCAGUGCUGCUCAAACCCUCCGACCCUCAACCCCUCCAGUGGCACCGGCCAUGUCGAAAAGCUUGGCGGUCUCGACUCCUAUGUCACUGGCUCCCCUGACUCCAAGCUCGCCGUCCUUCUCGUCUCUGACAUUUUUGGAUUUGAAGCUCCAAACUUGAGGAAGCUUGCUGACAAAGUUGCAGCUGCUGGGUUCUUCGUUGUUGUCCCCGACUUCUUGAACAAAGACCCUUAUGUGCCUGAAGAUGCCAAUAGACCUCUUCCUGUUUGGAUAAAAGAUCACGGACUGGACAAGGCAUUUGAAGAUGCAAAGCCAGUUCUUGAAGCUCUAAAAAGCAAAGGUGUUUCUGCAAUCGGUGCUGCUGGCUUCUGUUGGGGAGCCAAGGUUGUGGUUGAACUUGCAAAGCACGCCUUAAUCCAAGCUGCUGUUCUGUGUCAUCCUUCAUUUGUCACUGUGGAUGAUAUCAAAAAGGUUAAGGUUCCGAUUUCUAUACUUGGAGCUGAGAUUGAUCGGAUGUCCCCGCCUGAACUCGUGAAACAGUUUGAAGAGGUUUUAACUGUAAAUGAGGUUAAGAGCCAUGUGAAGAUAUUCCCGAAAGUGUCACACGGGUGGACGGUGAGGUACAAUGUUGAAGACAAAGCAGCUUGUAAAUCUGCCGAGGAGGCUCAUCAAGACUUGUUGGAUUGGUUCUUGAAGCAUGUCAAGGGAGUGACGUUGUCAGCGUAGUGGUUUUCCUUAUCUUAUCAGCUGCUCUCUAUUAGUAGUGAUUAAAUAAUGCCUCUGGGAGUUUUACGUACCAGUAUUUCUUUGUAAAGUUUUGUAGUUUGAACUGGACCGGCGUCCUCCAUGUAACCCGGAAGAACCUCCCACACCAUUUCGCUGUCAUAUACGUAUACUAGUUGGAGAUGCCCUAUGGUUUUAUGCCUCCCACCAAAAAUGAGAGUUUUGUAAGCGUCAUAAAUUUGUUUCCGAUACAUAACCAUUUCGGUUUUA